CCGAUAGCGGAGAACGUCCUUCGCCGUCGUAAAAAUGUUGCGCGGCGCACAGGGGCCGGGGCAGGUACGACGGCGUGCGGGACCGAGCGACCGCUACGGGGACCGAUCGUUAAUCCGGCCAGCUGACGGUAAACAGCGUCGCAAUAAUAUUUAACCUAUUUAAAUUACGCAUUGUAUCGUAUCGAGACGAACGACGGCGGCGGCGCGGUCCGGUUUGAAAAUAACAUUCCGCGCAGCCCGUCCGCCGUGCGGGCCGGACGUGGCCCCCGUCUUUCGGGACCGUUAUCAACCGACGUUAACAAAUCGCGCGCUCCCGUCAUGGAGCAAAAAAGAAAAAUCGCCUAGCCCAACUCCGCGGAGAAAACGUCAGCUGUUCCUUUAACCUCUUAAUCACUUUUUUUUUAAUCAGCCCUCUCACUAGGCCAGACCAGACGAAGAAAAUACGGUCUUCCAAAACCCAAAGCCAACGGAUCCGCUCUUGUCCGUCUCAAACCCGUCUACACACUCGCCGUCCCCGUACAUCGGUAUAACAGAUACUCCGCGAUGGCUCACAGGAUAUUCCAUAAAUUCGUAAGUAUCGAAACGUUUUGCCGUCGGCGACGGUACGAUGCGAAAAACUGGUAUCGUAUACCGACGUCCAGUGGACGGGCAUUAAGUUUUUAACGUGAAAAUUUGGUUUUUUUUCGACAGAACAAUAUUUCCCAAUACCUAGCACGUUCCUACAGCGCAGAAACGAGAAAAGUCACGCUGAUUCCCGGUGACGGAAUCGGCCCCGAAAUCUCGGCUGCAGUGCAGAAAAUUUUCGAGGCUGCCAAAGUAAUUUAUUUUCGUUAUUUAUCAUUGGAUAGGCGUUUCGCAGUCAUAUCUGUAAAAUGUAAACUCGAAUAUCGCACGAAUGCCCUUAAUAUUAACAUUACGAGUAUUUUUUUUAAGUAGGUGGUGUAUUAUUCGUUUUUUUUUUUUUUCGCGUACAUCAAUUAGUGUCUACUGUUUAAUAUAUUUGAAUACGUAAUGAAAAAACGGGAUCGCGCUGUUUUGAAAAAAUAAUUUUAUCACUGCAAUUUAAUAUAACAAUAAUAAUUUUAACGAUCGGAUAUUUUAGAAGCCACUGUUUCCUGGAUUCAUCUGCUCUGUGUUUGGUAAUGUCAAUUUUUAAUACUCUAACAAUACUUUUUAAAUUACAAAUUCAUUAUUGUCAUAUUAUUUGUUUUUUUUUUUUUUUUUUUUUAAUUCUUUUUAAUUUGUAUAACUUAGUUGACUCUGUGCCUAAUAACAAAAAAUCCUUGGAAUCUAAAUUAAUAAAACCAAAAAAGUUAUUUGUAAAUAUAACCGGAUUCAUCACAAUAGUCCAAUAAACAAAAUGGACAUAUUAGGUAUUUUAUCCAUUAUUUUUCAUAAAAAUUAAAAUAAAUAUUAAAUACUAUAUAUUAUUAUAUCGAAAUAGAGAACAUUAAAACAAACCUGCAAACUAGCUCUUAACUGGAUCUAGUAAUAAUUUGCAUAUUUAGUGUUGUCAAAAUUUAAUCUCUUUCUGAUAAAGUCAAUUAAUAAUCAGUUGAAUUGAGUUUUAAUAAUGUGUAACAUUGUCCAAAUAUACCUAUCGAUAGCUGUAUAAUACUAUUCUUUCAGACACCAAUUGAAUGGGAUGUAGUUGAUGUUACACCAGUGAAAGCUCCAGAUGGUACAAUGAAAAUACCAUCUAAAGCUAUUGAAUCAGUAAACACAAAUAAAAUUGGCUUAAAAGGACCUCUUAUGACACCUGUCGGAAAAGGUCAUCGUUCUUUGAACUUAGCGCUUAGAAAGUAAAUACUUUAAAGUUGUUUAGAACUUUUUUCUACUGAUAAUUUGUUUUGUGUAAAUCAUUUAUUUAUUUUUUUUUAUUUAGAGAAUUCAAUUUAUAUGCUAAUGUAAGGCCCUGUCGUUCACUUGAAGGUUAUCCGACUCUUUAUGAAAACGUUGACGUAGUGACAAUUCGUGAAAAUACUGAAGGUGAAUAUUCUGGGAUUGAGCAUGAAAUUGUUGAAGGCGUUGUACAAUCUAUCAAGCUGAUCACAGAGGAAGCUUCCACUAGAGUAGCUGAAUUCGCUUUCAAAUAUGCUGUUGAAAAUAAACGAUCCAAAGUCACUGCUGUACAUAAAGCUAACAUCAUGUAUGUAUUAUAUAUUUAUAUUAUAUAUAUUGUAUAUCUAUGUAUGAUAUGUGAUAUGUUUAGGAGAAUGUCUGAUGGUUUGUUUUUGAGAUGCUGCCGUAAGGCCUCUUCAAAGUACCCGCAAAUAAAAUUUGAAGAAAAAUAUUUAGACACUGUUUGUUUAACCAUGGUUCAAGACCCUAGUUUUUACGACGUUUUGGUCAUGCCUAAUUUAUAUGGUGAUAUAUUGUCAGAUAUGUGUGCUGGUUUAGUUGGAGGUUUAGGUUUGACACCCAGUGGAAACAUUGGCAGUAACGGUGCUCUAUUUGAAUCUGUAAGUAAACAAAUAUUGUAUUAGAUAUGUUAUUUUUAUGUUUGUAAAAAAAAAAAAUUGAUUAGGUCCACGGAACAGCUCCGGAUAUAGCAGGUAAAGACUUGGCCAACCCUACUGCUCUUCUUUUAUCAGCUGUCAUGAUGCUCCGUCACAUGGAACUUAAUAGCAAAGCUGAUAUUAUCCAAAAAGCUUGUUUUGAAACAAUCAAAGAAGGCAAAUACAGAACUGGUGACUUGGGCGGAAAAGCCAAGUGUUCAGAGUUUACAGAUGAAAUUUGCCGUAAGAUUCAAGAAUCAUCUUAAUUUCACACAAAGAAAUUGAUUUAAAUAUUUAAAUAAGUAUUUGUGUAUAUUUAUUUUGUGCAAACACUAGGCCACACAGAUUAGCAAUAACCCCCACGAGUUUUUCGCGUUUGUUCCUUUCUAUUUAAUUAUUUAUAAUACAAGUUAUAGUUACUUAAUCCAGAAUUCAGAUUUUUUCAAAUGAUUACAGAAUCAUUGUUUUCUGUGAUAAAUAUUUAGGUAAUUAAUUUAGAAAACAAAAACAAUCCUAAGAUACUUUUAACAUCAUUCGCCAUCCAUUUCAUUUAUCACAUAGAUAAUAAUUUGUAGUCGUUUUAUUUGUAUCAUUUAUCUUUUUAAUUUUCAAAAUCAAAAAUAAAUCUAUCGCCCAUGACUUUUAACAUGCUAACUGUUAAAAAAAACUCAAUUACUUAAUUCAAUUAUUGACAAUUCAAUGACUAUUGAAUUUUUGUUAUGUUUGUUAGACAAAUGUUUUCCUACCUAUUUGAAUAUCUAUCAUUUAUGUAUUUAAUGACAUGAAAAAUGUGUUUGUCGUAAAAUUAAAAACAUAAAUUUGUAAAAAAUUGACUGAAUACAAAUGCUCUGGAUAUUCUAAAUAUUGUAUUAAUAAUAUGUAAUUACAGUAUGAGUUAUAAUAAUCAUUACUUAUUGUUAAUGAGAGUAUGGAACUUUAGAUACAUGCGCCUAGUCACUAGACGGUAUUAUAUAUUGUAAUAAAAUCAUUAUUGUUCUAUUAUUAAAAUUGAGUAUUGUUAAUUUUAGUGAUUACCUUUGAAUAAAUAUUUUUAUUCAUCAGUUGUAUUACUCUGUAUACUCUGUAAUUUUAUUAAUUUCAACAAUCAAGGGGAUUUAAUAUUCAUUUAAAAAAUGAUUUCACGUUCACAUCUGUAAAAAAAAAUAUGAUGCUUAUUUAGCUAACAAGUUUUUUUUUAUACAGGGGAUGAAUCUUUAAUAGAUAUGCCGUUCAUAUAUCGGAAGGUAUAAUUUUUUGUUGAAUAAUUUAUAAUACCAUUAAUUUCUUUUAUCUUCAUUUUUAAGGGUGAAACCA